AUGAGACUGAUCAUCCCCAUUUAUUUAUUUAAACAAACUUUUAUUUCAGUGGUUCGUGGACGUGAUCGAAUUUUUAGUUGUGGAGGCUGGCAAACAGUACGUUCAAGCUUCAUGGAUUUUGAUCAACAGGCACCAUCAGCCAAUCUUUUAGCCGAUCUUGAUAUUAAUGUCAACCUGAAACCAUUCUUUAUCAAUACCAGUGUCACGCUCGAUCAGCAUAUUCAAGCACAAACAACAAACCUGUCUCCUUAUCUAGCUACUUUAUUCACAUCUGAUGAAAACAAUGUUGAAAUCGAUCAAAAAGCUAAAACAUGUGCAUUAGCUGCUGCUUGGUGUCGACAUGAUCAUAAAUUAGCUAAUAAUAUUUUACGUCAUUGA